GAUGGACGUCGGUGUUGUGUGAACAAAUCAGACACCGCGACAACAUCCGGGUAUUAUGUAUAACACUAUAUAACAAACUCCCAGGCCGUUAAAUUGACUGUAUUAGAGCGGAUAGAAGAGUGUUAUAUUGUAAGAGUAAGAGCUAGCUCGCUAGUUAGCCGCGCUGAGAAAGUGUCUGUGUGACUUUAGUCAGAGGUUGUACUACAAUCCAAAAACGCCUCAAAAGUAGUUCACUGCAUGCGUGAAAUUUGUGUCUAAUCCAUACAUCGAUGAACAAGUGAUUAAAAUAUUAUAAAUAUAUUCAAUGUACAUUUUUACGACCAAAUCGAAUGUAAAGCAUUUACUUCCGGCAUCAAAGUGACGCAGGUACCAUUCCGAGCCUCCUGAUUGGUCCGCGCUGAGGUGAGCCAAUCAGACGUCAGUAUGACAGGCCGAGCGGCCCAGACUGAGGAUGUAUGCGGAUUGACCGGUGUAUAAGGAGCAGGUGUGUAGAUGUGUUAGAGGUUGUAUGUUUUUUUUAACGCUUGUCCUGCUCGUUAUCCUGAACACACGGAUGUGCAGUGUUUGAGUCCGGAGCUGCAUUCAAUACAUUCAGAUUAACACAAUCAUUCAGUGUACAGCGAUGCGCGAGACGGAGAGCGGCGCGGGACAGGGUUCAUCUACCGGAAGUGAAGUGUGUGAGGACACAGGAAGUGUGUAUGUGGGACAGAGUGAUGAAGAUGCAGUGAUGGAAGACAGAGCAUUCAUCACUGAUUCCUGUCCUCCGUGUGUGUAUGAGGGAACAGAGGGAUGGGUCCUCCAGGACCAGUCUAGUUUUAACGACAGCGAUUCGGAGGACGUUCUUCACACCGUGAACCCAAACGAGGUCUUCAACGAGAGCGAUACUGCUGCUUCAGACAUUCCUGACCCCACCCACUGCCCGACUCUGGCCACGCCCACUGUGUAUCAGGUUGUGUAUGACAUCGGUGGAGUGGGUGGAGACCAACAGAAGCAGCAGAAAGUGGACGUUAUUUCCAUUGAGCUUGAUGAGUGGAGUUCUCCGAUGCUCAUGUCUGACUCCUGUGUGGUGAGCGAGUUGCCGCUGGUUUCUGCCAUUAAAGUGGAACACGCCCAUCCUGAGCUCAGCCACGCCCACUCUGAUCUUGACCACACCUUGUUUGAUCUUAGCCACGCCUCCCAUUCUUUCACUGAUGGCCUGCUGUAUCCGGAGCUGAAGCUCACUGAGGAGGAACAGAAGCUCCUUAACGAGGAGGGCGUGUCCCUGCCCAACAACCUGCCACUCACCAAGGCGGAGGAGAGAAUACUGAAAAAAGUGCGGCGUAAAAUCCGUAAUAAACAGUCGGCUCAGGACAGCAGGCGCCGCAAGAAAGAGUACAUCGACGGUCUGGAGAGCAGGGUUGCAGCAUGUUCAGCACAGAAUAAGGAACUUCAGAGAACAGUGGAGCAGCUGGAGAAACACAACAUGUCUCUGUUCGCACAGCUGAGGAAGUUACAGUCUCUGGUGAAACGGACGGCGAGUAAAGUGGCUCAGACCAGCACCUGCAUCGUGAUUCUGCUCUUCUCUUUAACGUUGAUUAUUUUCCCAAGUUUUCGUCCCUUUAGUCUGCGUGCUAAAGCCUCAGACGAUGCGUACACGCCCACUGGAGUAAUUUCUAGAAACAUCCUGAACGACGAGGCGUCUCCGCCGGUCCUGUCUGAGAUCGCGACGGACGAUAAACGCCUGCUGGCGGAGUUUCAGCCGGUGCCAGCAGACACGCAGCGAAUGGAGCGCUAUGACAGGGACGACUCGACAAGAGAAGACAGGAAACAGGAAGUGCUGCUUCAGGAUGAUCUGCUGAAAGGAAAUGAGUCUGUGACAGAGGAAAAUGGGGCGGAGCCAGUGGGUGUCGGCUUGCCAUCUCGUCCAGCGGGGGGUGCCGUGGUGGACCUCGACGUGACUAAACCUGCUCAUGCUGAUGAAAUGUAGCGACACAAAACGCUAACUUUAUUGACAGACACUAAAUGGGCCACGUCCCAAAUCUGCUUCGCUAUAUACAGUUACCGUGCUGGAGUAGGGCACUACCUCCGGUUCUGCUGCGUCCCAAAUCACACACUCCAGACACACUAGUGCACCACUGCAGGUUAGCAUCGCUGUUUCAGUGCACUAGAAUGGUGGUUUAGGACGUAGCAGCUCGCAUGAAUGAAUGUGGGUGGGGCUAUUUUUUCUACACUAUCUCAGUGCUGUAGUGCACACGCUGCUGUUUUGGAACAUUUGAUGAUUGAUUGUGUCCCAAAUCACCAGCUUGGUAUGGAGGUGAAUAUCUGCUGUUUGAGCUCGUCUUUAUUUUUACAAUAAACAUAAUCAUGUUGUCAAA